CCAUCCCACCGCACCAGAUAGCCUGCCCAUCUCUAGGUGUGCAGAGGGUGAGGCACCCACCUCUCUCCUAGGGUUUCCGCAGCCAGCCCUCUUCAUGGGUGGUAGGACGUGAGGGACCCCCACCCCCACUCUCAGCUGCCUGAAAUUCCGCCAUCACAGACACAUUCCUUUGGGUUAAGGUCUAAUUCCCCCGUGGGCUGCACAUGUCUCCAGAACGGGGCUUGCCCUUAGUGAUUCACUGCUGGCUGGGAACAUCCACAGCAGCUCUCCCAGGACCCGACUCUGCCCGUGAUCCAGGCUGAGAGGAGGGAGAGGAGCACCCAGGAGCAGCCCGAAGCCCGGCACUGUGAGCCUGUCUGCUGCUGUGUGGGUUGGGGGUUGGGGGAUGUGUGGAGUGAGUUAGAAAGGAGAUCUUGGCCUGGUGUUGUGGAAACACUUGCUUUAGGAGGCAGACAGACUGGAUUCUGAUCCUGACUCUGCCAUUAACUGCCUAUGUGACCUUGGGUAAGUCAUCUCCCUGAGCCUAAUUUUCCUCGUGGGCAAAUUCUCUAGGAGGCAGGCAGCUCAGCACCUGCUGGAAAAAACACAACACACAGAUCUGGGCUAAAUCCCAAAACAUUUAUGAGCUGGGUAACUCUGGGGUAAGUCACUUCACCUUUCUGAGUCUCAGUGUUCUCAUAUGUAAAAUGGAAAUUAUAGUAACUGCUUCACUGGGCUGUUGUGAGAAUUAAAUGAAAUGAUACGUGUCAAGUGCUAAGAAGAGUAUCUAACAUCCUUAAACACUAGAGAUGGGCUUAAUGUUUGUAGUGCCCCUCCACCUCAUUUCUCUCUAUCCCUCUCUCUCUCACACACACACUUUCACACACACCUACACAUUUUAUUGGCACUUCUCCCAGAGUCCUAAGAUGUUUCUUGCCUCCUCUUCCCUGGGCCUCUUGUCUGGCCAGAGGCCUUCCUCUUGAGCACUCCUCACCUCACCUGGGCUGCUCAACCCUGCAAGUUUGUUCCCUCUGGGAAAGACAGUAUGUGUCCAGGAUACCUUCACAGCCAUCUCUGCUUGAUCAUCACAACCACUGAGGGCAAACAGUGGCAAAACAGGAACCAGGCUACUUGCUUUACAGAUGGGACAUGGAGACCCUGAAAGGUGAAGGGACAUCCCCCAGGGCACAGGGCUGGUGAGCAGUAGAGUCAGGAUGGGAGCCUGGGUCUCAGUGAUCCCAGUCCUCCCUUUUGAGAGCAAGUAGCCCUCAAAUUCUACACACUGUCUGGGUACUGCUGAAGGGUGCCCACCAUCAAGGGGCCCCUCUCCUUUGGAUGGCAGGGCAGAGUUCCACAUGCUGCAGGGAAGGGCCCCCCUGGAUGUUCAGCUGCCCACCUGGGAGAUAAGAUGGGAUUUGGCAGGGGAACAGGAAACAAGAGCCCCUUUAGAAGGUUCAGAACUAACCCACGUCCUCCCUUAUCCUUACCUUAUCCUUACCUACCUUAUCCUUACUCACCACUCGGCCCUUUGCAGUGGACUGCUACCCCUCACUUUUCUGUUUAUUCAAUAGAUCUUUAGUGAGCACUGCUUAUUAGACCCCUGUUCUCAGAAUAAGAAAUAAGCUAUUAGGAAACAACCAAAACGAGGAAAACAGUAAAACAUAUGCAGAUCUGGGGAGGUGGAGGGAGCCAGCAGGGCAAAGGCCCUGAGGCAGGAGGGCACUUGCUUGAGGAAUGGAGAGAAAGCUAGGACUCGCUGAAGGGAGGGCAAAUGGUAGAUGGAGUUAGAGAGGAGGUUGUUUACAUCUGGUUUUAUGGGAGGCUUUCAAGCAGUGAGAUUCAUGGUCUGAUACAUGAUUUAAAGACAUCACUCAGGCUACUAUGCUUAGGGCAGACUGGAAGAGAUCAGGGUGAAAACAGGGUGUUGCUGGGGUCAUGGUGGUGCCUCAGUCUGUGGGGUGAUGGGCAGAUCCAGAAUCUGGUUUUUUAGGAAGAGCAGACAGAACCUGCUGAUGAGGGGAGGGAGUGUGGCAGGGAGGGUCCAGGAAAGAAACUGCUUUCUCCGGUGUCACCACGUCACCGAGGUGCCGCGUGCCGAUUCUCACUGCCUUCCUGGACCUGUGCAGUGUGAGAUGGGGCCCAGUGGAGAGUAAGGCCCCUCUGCCCUGGGGACGUGCCCCGUGGUGAUGGGGGAGGGGUGAAGGGAAGGGAACCAGGGGCUGAUGGGAUGCUUGGCGCCAAUAUAUAGCCCAGACUCGGAGAACCAGAGAAGGCUUCUUGGAGGAGGUAACAUCUAGGCUGAGACCCAAAGAAUGAGGACGUAUUCAGCACAAUAGAGGGGAGGAAGUGAAGGUUAGGGGCAGUGAAAAAUGCUUAGAGAACUGAAGGGAAUUUGAGGCUUCCAGAACACAGAAUAGGAGAAGGGACAGUGAGAAAUGAAGCUGGAGGGAGGAGCUGGUGAGGCAGGUACACUCCUCAAGGCCCUCGAAGGCCCUGCUGAGGGGUUUCCACUCAAUUCUGAGUAUACUGGGUUUCAAAAGGGUGGUGAUGUUCUGCUUUUUAAACAGCAGAACAGAAUUUCCUGUAAGAGCCCAACCUGUAACGCAGGUGAGAGGAAGAACAGCUGUGGGGCAGGGGGCCCAUGGCCCCGGGGGAACCCGGGGAACAGGGCUUAAAAGACACCACUGCAUUCUUUGCCUAUCUGAACAAGGAAGGACCUCAGAGCACCCAUCUUCAUUUACAAAUCAUAGCAAGGAUGUUUAUGGGUUCUAACAGUAAAGACUCAGCCCAUAAAUGUUCUAUACAUGCAUCUUCUAAAGCAUCCCUCAGAUUCACAAUUCAGCACUUACUUAUUGAGCACCUGCAGGAGACCUUAUAGCGUAGAGGUUAAGGGCACAGAUCCAGAAACCCAACUUCCUGCGUCUGUCAUUUGUUAUUUGUGUGACCUUGGGCAUGUUGCUUAAUUUCUCGGAGCCUCCAUUUUCCUGUCUGCACAGUGGGAAUGGUGAUCAUAAAACCAAGUCAUUGAAUUAUUGGGGAGAGUAAAUGAGUUCAUAGCUGUAAAGUGUCGAAAAGAGUGCCUAGCGCAUGAGAGCUCUGUGUGUGACACUUCCAUAGAAUACGUCUCAUUUGAUCUUUAACAAAACUUGGCAAGGUUGGCAUUAGCCUCAGAAGAGGAAACUGAGGCUCAGAGAGGUGAAGUGACUUGUACAAAGUCACAUAGCAGAGCCAUGAGCCACCAGAUUCUGCUGCUUCUGGCCGUGCUGACCCUGGGCCUGGCUACCUCCCAACACCGAGACAAGGUGCCCUGUAGGAAGGUGGACAAGGAGGUCUGGUGCCAGGGCCGUGGCCUGCUCCAGGUCCCCUCAGUGCUCUCACGGGACAUCGAGGUCCUCAACUUAUCUGGGAACCAGCUGCGGAGCAUCCUGGCCUUGCCCCUGGGCUUCUACACAGCACUUCGUCACCUGGACCUGAGCGCCAACGAGAUCAGCUUCCUCCAGCCAGGGGUCUUCCAGGCCCUGCCCCACCUGGAGCACCUCAACCUAGCCCACAACCGCCUGGCGGUGGGCACGGCGCUGAAUACUGAGGGACUGGGCCCCCUGCCGCACCUGACGUCCCUGGACCUGUCGGGGAACAGCCUGUACAGCGGCCUGGCGGAGCAGCUGCUGGGGGAGGCGCCUGCCCUGCGCACACUCUCACUGGCGGAGAACAGCCUGACGCGCCUGGGCCGCCGCACCUUCUCGGGCACACCCGCGCUGGAGCGGCUGGACCUUCACAGCAACGUGCUGAUGGACAUCGAGGAUGGCGCCUUUGAGGCCUUGCCCCGCCUGGUGCACCUCAACCUGUCCAGGAACUCCCUCACCUGCAUCUCAGAUUUCAGCCUCCAGCAGCUGCGCGUCCUGGAUCUGAGCUGCAACAGUAUCGAGGCCUUUCAGACGGCCCCGGAGCCGCGGGCCGAGUACCAGCUGGCCUGGCUCGACCUGCGGGAGAACAAACUGCUCCACUUUCCCGACCUGAGCGCACUCCCGAGACUCAUUUACCUGAACGCGUCCAACAACCUCAUCCGGCUCCCUGCGGAGCCACCCCGGGGUGGAGGCGAGGGCCUCCAUGCGCCUUCCGAGGGAUGGUCAUCCUUGCCCCUCUCCAACCCCAGCCGCAAUGCCAGCACCCAACCCCUCUCCCAGCUCUUGAAUCUGGAUUUGAGCUACAAUGAGAUUGAGCUCAUCCCGGAGGGCUUUCUUGAGCCCCUGACCUCGCUGCGCUCCCUGAACCUCAGCCGGAACUGCUUGCGGACCUUUGAGGCCCGGCCAGGCUCCCUGCCCUGCCUGAUGCUCCUGGACGUCAGCCACAAUGCGCUGGAGACACUGGAUCUGGGCUCCAGGGCCCUGGGGUCCCUGAGGACGCUGCUCUUACAGGACAAUGCCCUGUGGGACCUGCCCCCAUACACCUUCACCAGCCUGGCCAGUCUGCAGAGGCUUAACCUGCAGGGGAACCGGCUCAGCCCCUGCGGGGGCCCCGCUGAGCCUGGACCCUCGGGUUGUGUGGCCUUCUCUGGCAUCUCCUCCCUCCGUGUCCUGAACCUGGCGGACAAUGAGAUGGAGAUACUGCGGGCUGGUGCCUUCCUCCACACGCCACUGGCCGAGCUGGACCUCUCCUCUAACCCUGGGCUGGAUGUGGCCCCAGGGGCCUUGGCAGGCCUGGAGGGCUCCUUGGAGGUCCUGGCCCUGCAGGGCAAUGGGCUGGCCGUCCUGCAGGUGGACCUGCCCUGCUUCAGCUGCCUCAAGCGGCUCAAUCUGGCCGAGAACCGCCUGAGCCGCCUGCCUGCCUGGACACAGGCUGUGUCCCUGGAGGUGCUGGACCUGAGGAACAACAGCUUCAGCCUCCUUCCGGGCAGUGCCAUGGGCGGCCUGGAAAACAGCCUGCGGCGCCUCUACCUGCAGGGGAACCCCCUCAGCUGCUGCGGCAAUGGCUGGCUGGCGGCCCAGCUGCACCAGGGCCGUGUGGACGUGGAUGCCACCCAGGACCUGAUCUGCCGCUUUGGCUCUCAGGAGGAGGUGUCCCUGAGUCACGUGCGUCCUGAGGACUGUGAGAAGGGGGGUCUCAAGAAUGUCAACCUCAUCAUCAUUCUCACCUUUGCAGUGGUGUCUGCCAUCCUGCUCACCAUGCUGGCCACCUGCUGCUGUGUGCGCCGGCAGAAGUUCAGCCAACAGUACAAAGCCUAGAGAGUUUGGAGGCCACACACGGGCUCUGUCGGGAGACCCUGCUGGGGCAGUGAGGGAGCCAGAGGCACGGAGAAGGGCGGGGACUGACCCACGAUCACACAGUGAGCCAGGGUCCAAGCCCCUCGGUCUCUCAGUUCCAGCCCAGGGCUCCUUUCCCCGUGUCCUGCUGCACCAGUAGGUGACCCACUUCUCAGGCCGCACAUCAUGUGGUCCAGCUGUGGAAGCCGGAAGUUGGGCAGUUUCAGGAGUGACAGAGUGUAAGGCUGACCCCAUCAGAUCUACAGAUCUUUGCCAAGCAUCUGUUUUGUGCCACACCCUGCCCUGGGCACUGGGGGCGCUGGGGAAUGAGACACAUCCCUGCCCUCAGCGUUGCCCAGUCUGAGUGGGCAGGUGGUCGCAGAGUGUGUGGGCACCACGUGGAGUGUGAAAGCCAGGGCUCCAAAGUUCUGCAGCCCCAGCUGGCUGUGGAUAGUCCUGCCCUGGCCGGGCCAGGGCACGAAAGGGGCAAGACCAAGAGGAUUUGUCUGAGACAUUUCCAAGCAGACUGUUUGUCACAUCUUCUGAUAAUGACUUUCAGCUUCUCUGGAACAUGAAGAGCUUGUGACCGGAAGAGAGCUGCAGCCACUUGAGUAAGGCUUGGAUCCAGUGCUGUUAGGCAGGCUGCGGCAGCUCUGGCAUGGUCAGUUAAGAGGCAGUCUCCCUGGGCUCUGGCCCAGCACUGGACUGGUCUGUUUCCUGCUCUGAACAGGUGCUUUACUACCUGGCACCCUCAGGUUGCACACAUGGUCCAGAUAACUGCCCUAGCCGCACCCCCCCCCCCCACCCGCCAUUCCCUGCCCAGGUCCUGCUCAAGCCUGCUGCUCCAGCUCAGCCCCACCCUGGCCAGUGAGCCAGGAGUGAGACCCUUAGGUUUCUGGUUCUAUUUUACACCACACUUGGCAGCAGUGACAAACCCAAGCCUGCAUUUGCCUCUUUAUGACAACCCUCUGAGGUUGGUAUAUUAUCCCAUUUAACUAGAGGCUCUGAAAGUCUCCCUCCAGGGAUCUCCAGCUAAGAAAUGCCAGAACUGAGCUCCAGGCUCACAUCCUUCUGUGUCCAGAGCCUGAGCUUGGCCACUGCAGGGGCUGCAGGCAGUAAGAUGGACAGGAAAUGGCCCCACAUGGCUGGAAAGGGGCCAGGGAGCAUCUGGGCACACCCCUUCUCCUUCCUCUCUCCCAGGCGGGCAGAGAGAAGACGGGCAGCCACAGGCCCGUUCCUCCUUCUGUGCCUGUUUCUCUUAUUCCAUCCUUUGCUGACUGGGUGGGCUCUCCUAUUCUCAUCUAGCCCUUCCCUCCCUCCUUCCUCUGUUGAGCAUAGCCUGGAAUUUGAGACCAUGGAGUCCAGCCUCCCUGGUACAUAGGUAGAACAGCUGAGACUUAGGAAGAGAAUGAGGCUUGCUCAGAGCUGCUCAAGUCAGGACAGAGCCUGUGAAAAGAGCUGGAUUCAGACCUCACUGAGGGAGUCAGGGUUGGGGGGCUUGGGGGUUGGACCUGGGCAGUUUCCUUCUCUCUCUCAGCUGUCACAUCACAAGACGAUGCUGGCUCCAACCUCCCUUUCUGGUCCUCGUCAUGCAGGGAAUUUUUCCCCCUAGAAAAACGCAUAGAAAAAUCCCAUGCAGAUAUAACCCAUGGAAUCAUGGGCUGUCUGGGGACAAAGGAAGCCCUGGGAUGAACCCAGGACUCUGUGUCAUUGUCUUCACCUUCUUACUGUGCUUGGCCUGCACUCAGGCUCACGAUGGUGCUCGGUAAAGUAUGAGAUGAUGAAAUUGGCCCUCUGUCCACCCCAUUUUACAGAUGAGAAAACAGGCUGAGAGAGGGUCAAAGACUCAGGGAGUCCAUGGCAGAGCAGGGCCAGAAGCUGGCCUGGUGGCCUGGCCCCAGCCGGGGGCCCUCGUGGUGAAUGGGGCAGCUGGUGGGUCCAGCCCUGUUCGGGAUCAUGACCACAGGUGCUCACUGCACACAAACACUCUUCCUCAGGCCUGAGGGCAUGGCGUGGGCCCCUUCAUGCCUGAUAUUUGAAAACACUACAGGAUGCUGCUUUCACCUCCCGGGAGCCAGGCCACAACCCAGGCCUCAGGACCCACUCUUUGUGUAACCCACAUGAAUGUAUUAAAAAAUAAUUUUG